GCCUCCAACCUCCGGCGCGCCCUCGGCUGCUGCCCGCACCGCGGUCUGGGCGUCGGGCCGUCGGGCCGUCAGGCCACCAGCCCCAGCCCCGAGGACUCCAGCGGCGCGGCGGCCGUCUCCAUGGUUCCCUGGUAGGUCUGCUCUGCAGCCCCCAGGAGACCUGGUACCGUGAUCCGGUAGGGCUGCCGGGCUUGUAGCACAGGGAGGCGCCAGGUGGAACAUGCCUCCAUCACUCAGUGCAUCUCCUGCCGCUGGAGGCUGCACCCACCUGUGCCCAUGGCCAACACGAGCCCGUCACUCUCUGGCGCCUUCAACAUUCUAAGUGCAGCAGGCCAGGGGAAGCUCUUGUAUCUUAAACACAAGCUGAAGACCCUGCGGCUGGGCUGCCAGGGGGCGGACCUCCUGCACGCCAUGGUGCUCCUAAAACUGGGCCAGGAGACAGAGGCCAGGAUCUCCCUGGAGGCACUGAAGGCGGACGCGGUGGCCCAGCUGGUGGCCCGCCAGUGGGCUGGUGUGGACAGCACCGAGACCCCAGAGGAGCCAGCAGACGUGUCCUGGGCCGUUGCCCGGUUGUACCACCUCCUUGUGGAGGAGAAACUGUGCCCUGCCUCUAUGCGGGAGGAGGCCUACAGGGCAGCCCUCCGGGCUUUCCGCUCCAGGGACGACCACCAGCUGGGGGAGCUCCAGGAAGAGGCCCGGGACCGAUGCGGGUGGGACAUCCUUAGGGACUUGGAGGACGUCCAGGCUCUCCGAUCCGAUCUGGGCUGCUCCCGGCUGUCCUCAGCAUUGCCCUCUCCGCCGCGCAGCCAUCCGCGGCCCAUCGAGGACCUUUCUGGCUGGAGCAGAGGGCAUUCCCUGAGGUCCACUGGCAGCCCGGCUUCCCUGGCCAGCAACUUGGAAAUUAGCCAGUCGCCCACCAUGGCGCUCCUCAGCCUGCACCACAGUCCCCAUGGGCCCAGCAAGCUGUGUGACGAGCCCCGGGCCAGUCCGGUUCCCGAGCCUGCCCCUAUGGGCUGCCAGGAACCCGAGGAGAUAAGCUGGCCCCCAUCGGUGGAGGGUGCCAACUCUCCGGUGGAGUCAAACAGCCCAGUCCCCAGGGAUCUCGAGGUGGCGGCAGAUGCAAGCCCCGCUAGCCUGCCUGAAGCCCCCGAAGCUCCAGAAACCAGCACACACUACCCGGUGGAGUGCACAGAAGAGCCCGCAGCCCCCAAAUCUCUCCCUUCGCACUCCAGAAACGCCUCUCCUGACGUCACAGACCAGAAGCCGCCCCUCCACCUUUCAGAAGAAGAUACCACUUACCCCACAGCCCAGCCACACCCACCGACUCCAUCGGUACCACAGACGUCCCCUUCCUUUCCUUCUCCGUCGACCCUUUCUUCAGCUCCCCCGACCGUCUCCAACCCAAGUCCCCCUGCUCCCGAGUUGGAGUUAUCGGAACAGAAAUUCUAUAACUUUGUGGUUCUGCACGCGGGUGCGGACGAACACAUCGCUCUGCGCGUGCGCGAGAAGCUGGAGUCCCUGGGCGUGCGCGAUGGAGCCACCUUCUGCGAGGAUUUCCAGGUACCUGGGCGCGGCCAGCUGCGCUGCCUGCAGGACGCCUUGGACCACUCGGCCUUCACCAUCCUGCUGCUUACCCCCAACUUCGACUGCCGUCUGAGCCAGCACCAGGCAAACCAGUCUCUGAUGAGCAGCCUCACGCGGCCCGGGUGGCAGGACUGCGUGAUCCCCUUCCUGCCCCUGGAGAGUUCCCUGGCCCAGCUCAGCCCCGGCACAUCCAGUCUGCUCAGUAGCCUGGUGUGGCUGGACGAGCACUCCCAGAUCUUCUCUAGGAAGGUGGCCAACACCUUCAAGCCCCAGAAGCUGCGGGCCCGCAAGGCCAAGUGGAGGAAGGAACAGGACGCCCGGGCCCUGCGGGAGCAGAGCCAGCACCUGGAGGGUGAGCGGCAGCAGGCAGCGGCGUGGGGUGCGGCGUGCUCAGCCUACAUCCAUAGCUACCUGUCCUACCAGACGCAGAUGGAGAAGCUUCAUAUGGCUUUCGCGAGCUACAUGCCAUUUGGGGCUCAGCUGCCCUCUGCACCCCCAGCGCCUUUUGGAGAACAGGGGCCCCUGGGAGCCCCACCACCCUUUCCCACCUGGCCUGGCCUUCAGCCACCGCCUGUGUCUCCGUGGCUGGCAGGCAUGCCCCCACCAGCCUUCCCGCAACCUCCUGCCUUCCCGCAGCCUCCUGCCUUCCCACAGCCUCCUGCCUUCCCACAGCCUCCGGCUGCAUCACAGUCCUCCCCUGUGAACCCUCAGAGCCCUGGGGUGCAGCCUCUCAUCAUCCACCAUGCUCAAAUGGUACAACUGGGGCUCAAUAACCACAUGUGGAACCAGAGAGGGACCCAGGCGCCCGAGGACAAGUCACCAGAAACGCAAUGACCAAAUGUCUGGACCCGAUGACUUCAGCCUUGCCUCUCCCCCACCCCCAUCUCCAGGAGGCAGUGGAACAGGGGUCAUCCGCUACUUUCAGGACACUGCUGGGGAGACCUUUGGGUCUCAGGAAAUGGUGCAAAAUGGGCCUCUUGCCUUUCUGGUUCUCCAGGUUGCCAGAACUGGAUGUGAGUUUACACAUUUCUUUCUCUCCUUUUGGAGAGUGGUGGUGGGGAAUGGGCUGGGGGGUAUUAGAAUGGAGUUUUAAUUGUAAUAAAUAUUUAUUGAAUGCUUCA